CCCCACCUCUUUAUUCUGUCCCUCCCGACGCGGUCGCUGCCAUUCGAUAAAGUGGAGAUUUUUUUUUUUUCCGUUUUUAUAUUCUUUUGCGACUGGAUCGAUCUCCGAUGGCCGGCGACAGUGGCGGCGGUGGGGGAAGGACGAGGCCAAACAUCCUGGUGACAGGGACGCCGGGGACGGGGAAGUCGACGACGUGCUCCCUCCUCGCCGAAGCUACCCGUUUCCGCCAUAUCAACGUCGGCGAUCUCGUCCGGGAGAAGGGCCUCCACGACGGCUGGGACGACGAGUUCGACUGCCACAUCAUCAACGAAGACUUGGUGUGUGAUGAGCUCGAAGACAUGAUGGAAGAGGGUGGGAAUAUUGUGGAUUAUCAUGGUUGUGACUUCUUCCCUGAACGUUGGUUCGACAGCGUUGUCGUCCUUCAAACCGACAAUUCUGUUUUGCAUGAUCGCUUGACGAGCAGGGGUUACAUGGGUCCCAAACUUACUAAUAAUAUUGAGUGUGAGAUCUUCCAAGUGCUGCUGGAGGAGGCAAAGGCAAGCUAUGCAGAGGAUAUUGUGAUGGCAUUGCAGAGCAACAGUGUUGAAGACAUCAGUAGGAAUGUGGCCACGUUAACUGAGUGGGUGAAUAAUUGGAGGCCGGUCAGGUCCUCUUAAUAUCAGUAUUUCAUUCUGGAGGGUUCUGGUUGGUAGUAUGAAACAUAAAUUGUAUGAUUGCCUGCAGUAAGGAAGUCUAGCAGAUAAGUAGUUGGUUCUUUGAGUGUGAAUCUGUAAUAUUUUAUCCAUCCAGUUAGAUGGUGAGCCUGUGAACGAUUUCUGAUAAUCUGAGUUUUUAUGAGCAAUCAACGGUCAAGUUCCUGUUUUAAA